UUCAUGAAUUUUAAUAAUUUUUUUAUUCAAUAUUGUUAUAACAAUUUUAUUCCUUUUUUAAAACUUAGAGUUUUUAUUGUUUUCAAUUUGAUGAGAAUUUAUUGGAGGGAAGAUGGGGUUUUGGCCUCUCCAUCUUUAUUGGAUUGUUUCCAUGGAAACAAUUUUUGCGAACUCAAAUUUUGACAAAUUUUUAAAAUAAAUUUCCUAAAUUCCCUGAGAUUUUAAUUUUGUUGCUUGAUGAAAUUAAAAUAUUUGAAUGGAAUUGUAAGCCCUUCGGACGAGAUUGCCUGUGCCGGAGCACUUUGUUUUUCCCCUAAUGGACGUAAACUAGCUGUUUGUACAUUGGAUAGACACGUGUUAUUGUUUGAUGAUAAAUUCCGAAGAAGAGAUAAAUUUGCAACGAAACCGGUUGAUUCGAAGUAUGGAAAGACUGGCUAUUUAAUAAAAAGUGCUUCAUUCUCUCCUGAUUCAAAUAAAUUAGCUAUUGGCCAGACUGAUGAUAUUGUAUUUGUUUAUAAAUUGGGUGAAAAUUGGGACGAGAAGAAAGUAAUUUGUAAUAAAUUUGCACAAUCCUCUUCAUGUGUUGCACUUAUAUGGCCAAGUGAGAGCAAAUUAAUUAUUGGUCUGUUAGAUGGAAAAAUUCGUCAGGCAUCCACAAAUUCAAAUAAAUGUUCUACUCUUUAUAAAGCUUCUGAUGGUGCAAGUGUUUGUGCAAUCGCUCAACAUCCAAACAAAAGGUCAUUUUUAUCUGGUCAUGAAGAUGGUUCAAUGUUUUUGUAUUCAUUUGAUUCGCGAUCUCAUAUUCGUGUUUGUGUACAUACUUGUGCGCCUUAUGCUCUUAUUCUCUCGCAAGUAGGCAUUUUGGCAGCUGGGUCUGAUCGUCGAUUAGUCUCUUAUACAGAAAAUGGACGUCUUCUCCAACAAUUUGAUUAUAGCAGAGAGCCUUACUUGGAAAAAGAAUUUUCUGUGGCAACUUUGGAUACGAGUGGAUUAAAUGCCGUUUUUGGGACUUUUGAUAGAUUUCAUUUAAUGUCUUGGAGUCAAAGAAGAGGUGCUUGGGAUGAAGGAGGUGUUCUAAAUAUUCGAAAUUUAUAUACAAUAAAAUCGCUUGCUUGGAAAUCUGAUGGAUCAAUUUUGGCUUGUUCAAAUAUGUUAGGGGCUGUUAUUGCAAUUGAUUGUUCUAUGAAGAAAACUUUAUUGAAAAAUCGAUUUGAGUUAACUUUUGUGUCACCUUCUCAAGCAAUUUUAAAGGAUUUACAAUUACCAAGUGAGAAUAUUGAUGAAGAUAAUGGUAAAAAAGAAGAAGAAAAUAUUAAAUUAAAACAAAGAAAUGAUACAAACGAUUCUGGAAUGGUUUUACGUUCAAAAAUUGGAGCAGAAUUGGGAGAAGUGAGAAUAAUGGGAAGAGAGCAAAGAUAUGCUAUUGUUUAUACUCCAAGUACUUUAAUACUGGCUGAUAUCUGGACAGGAUUGAGCUCAGAAAUUUCAUGGCAAUCUGGAGGAAAUGAAAAAUUUUAUUUGGACAAUGAAAAUGUUGCUUUUAUUGUAAAUGCUGGUGAAAUUAAUUUUGUAGAAUAUGGGCAAGAUGAAUUAGCUGGUUGGAUAAGAACAGAAAGAGCAAAUCCACACCAAAUUAGUGUUAGAAUACGUCGAUCAAAACAAAAUAGUAAAGAAAUGAUUGAAGAUGUAAGAAGAGUUGCUUAUUUAUUGGACGUUCGAACAAUUAGCAUUAUUGAUAUGGCUAAAAAUAAUCAAAUUGGACAUAUUCAACAUAAUAUUGCUAUUGAUUGGCUUGAGUUAAAUGAGAGAGCCACAAAACUCUUAUUUCGCGAUAUUCGCUCAGCUCUUCAUUUAUUCUCUUUGGAAACAAAACAAACAGUUCAUUUAAUUGGGCAUUGUUCUUAUGUUCAAUGGGUGCCUCAAAGUGAUGUUGUUGUUGCUCAAUCAAAUUCUCAGCUUUGUGUUUGGUAUAAUACAGAUGAAAAUACAGACAGAGUUAAUCAAUUCCCAAUUCUUGGUGAUGUUGAAAUGGUAGCGAGGGAUGCGUCAAGAACUGAAGUUAUUGUUAUGGAAAAUAAUACAAGGGUCGCUUAUGAAUUGGAUAGUGCAAUGAUUGAAUUUAGUUCUGCGCUAGAUGAACUCGAUUUAGGUCGUGCUGUUCUCUUUUUGGAACGGUCUGAACAACGAGGAAUUGGAGUGCAAGCAUUAUGGAGAAAAUUAGCUGAUGUUGCUCUUGAGCAUUCACAUCUUUUUGUUGCUCAAAGAUGCUUUGCUAGUCUAAAUGAUCUAGUUCGAGUUCAAUUUUUACAAGAGACACUUCUGAGAGCUGAAAGUCAAUUUGGAAUGCCUCUUGACUCUCAAGCAUUAUCAGAACAUUUUGAAGUACAAUCAAGACUUGCAAUGAUGACAAAACAAUUUAAACGGGCUGAACGAAUUUUGCUUGAAAAUAAUGCAAUUACUGAAGCAAUAGACAUGUGGAAAAGAAUUGGAGAUUGGGAGAGUGCUAUUCAAUUAGCUAAAGCUAUGAAUUACUCAGAAAUCGAUUCACUCCAAGCCCAAUAUGAACAAUAUUUGAAUGAAACUGGUCAAAAGGAUAAAGCUGCAGAGCUAAAAAUGCGUGAUGGUGAUAGUCGUGCAGCUCUAGAACUCUUUUUGAGAGCAAAUCAACCUUCCCAAGCAGUUCAAUUAUUGCUUGACAAUCACCAACUUCUUUCACAAUUGAAGACUAGUGAACUUGGGAAUGUAGAAGAGGACGAUGAGGAAGAAAGUAAUGGAAUAAUUGGACAAAUAAUUCAAAGUUUGCAGCAGCAGGAAAUUUUUGAUAAGCUCGGUGAUUUAUACGAAGCAUUGGAAGAGCCAGAAAAAGCUAUGGACGCCUACAACAAUGGAAAUUUUUAUGGAAAAGCAAUCCAGAUUGCUCGAAUUCAUUUCCCUGAGGGUGUGAUUCAAUUAGAAGAAAAUUGGGGUGAUUGGCUUUAUUCUCAGGGAAAUUAUCACUUGGCAGCUACACAUUUUCUCGAAUCUGGGAACACUCUUCGUGCAAUUGAUGCUUCAAUACUUGCCAAGGAAUGGGACAAAGCAUUGGAUAUGUUAAAAUCAAUAGAAUCAACACCCGAAACAACGCCAUUUUAUGAAAAGAUUGCACAUAACUUUGAGUUGACUGGUGAAUUAGAGAAAGCUGAAUCUCUUUAUACUCUUUCUGGCAAAUUUGCUGAAGCUGUAGAAAUGUAUAACAAAGCAGGAAAUUGGGCUAAAGCUUUUAAGUUGGCAGCAGACUUCUUUGGACUCGAAGAAAGUCGACAACUUUAUAGUGAUAAAGCAGCUCAAUUGGCAGAGCAACGACGUUUUAAUGAUGCUGAAGAGCUUUAUGUUGCACUUGGUGCACCUGAUCAAGCAAUUGCUAUGUACAAACAAGCUGAUCGUACCGAUGAUAUGAUGCGUUUAAUGGCCAUUUAUUAUUCUGGAGAAGUUACGACCGCACAAAGGCGUUUAGCUGAAGAAUUUGAACAAAAAGGAGAUUUACGUGCAGCAGAAGAACAAUAUAUGCUUGCUGGGGACUGGGCAGCUGCUAUAGAUAUGUAUCAACAAGCUGGACAGUGGGCUGAUGCUCAUCGAUUGGCAAAAGCGAGUGGAGGUGAAAGGGCGCAUAAACAGAUCUCUUAUUUAUGGGCAAAGAGUUUAGGAGGAGAUGCAGCUGUUAAAUUGUUGCUUCGACAUGAAUUGUUAGAUGAAGCUAUAAAUAUUUCUGUGACUAAAAGUGAUUUUGACUUUGCCUUCGAAUUAUGCCGUCUUGGAGCAGGUCAUCGAUUACAAUUUGUUCAACAAAAAUAUGCAGAACACUUGGAAGAUGAAGGGGAACUUGAUAAAGCUGAGGAGCAAUAUUUGCUUGCAGGGAAAGCACGUGAAGCAGUUAUUAUGCGAAUACAUAACCGAAAUUGGGAAGCAGCUGAACGAAUUGCACAGGAGCAAUGCCCAGAAGAAUUGCCUGAAUUAUUUGUUCAACGAGCUCGAGAUGCUAUUGAAAAUCGAGAUUUUGCCGUCGCCGAGAGUUAUUUACUACGUGCAAAUCGUCCAGAUAUUAUUUUGGCAUUUUAUCGAGAAUCAGCUAUCUGGCAAGAAGCAUUGCGUAUUGCAAGAGAUUAUUUGCCUGAUGAAUUACAAAAAUGCCAGUCUGACUAUGAAGAAUAUCAACUUCUUUCGGGUGCAAAAGGUGCGCAUUCAUUAAUAGCCCAAGCAAAGGAAUGGGAACGACAAAGCGAAUAUCGUCGAGCUGUUGAUUGUUGGAUGAGAGUUGAUGGAUUAACGCAAGACCAACAAAUUGUUUCGCAAUCAUUGGCUAAGGCAGCAGAAUUAAUAGUUAAAUUUUUGGCUGAUUCAGACGAAGAAUCAAUGGAUUUGCUUACACAAGUUGGACAACGUCAAAUGGCUUUACGCCAAUUUCUUGCUGCUGGUGAAACUUUUUUGCUUGCUGAUAAGCCAGUGGAUUCAAUCAAGGCUUUACUAGAAGGGCAUGAAUGGGCAAAGGCGAAACGGGUAGCUGAACAGCUUGCCCCGGAACUGGAGCAACACGUUGAUGAAACGUAUCGGGAAUUCCUUCGCACACACGGACGUAUAGGUGAACUUAUUGACGUUGAUGUUGUUAGUGCAAUUGAUAUGCUUGUUCAAUCCGGCAAUUGGGAGAAGGCUUUAAAUACUGCUAAACAACAAAAGCAUCGACCUCUUCUAGACAAAUAUUUAGCUGCAUAUUCAACAGAAUUACUUGCGAAUGAACAAUUUGAACAAAUUUUGGAUAUUUUCCGAAAAUAUGGAGCUUCAUUCAACCCACAAUUGUUGCCCAUUUAUGAUACUUUAGUUGAUAAGCUUUUAAAUGCACGUCCAAAUAAUAUUAAUUACGAAACAAUUGCAACUUUGCGUGAUUUAUUGCUAGAAAUAUUUCAACAAAUGACAGAACAGACAGAUUCAACAACAGCAACAGAUGAAGUUACUGCUCAAUCAAUUCAACAUUUUGAAAGAUGCCUUUUUGCUACUCAUUUCAUAGCAUUUCAAAAAGCUUUGGAUCUUGUGGUUGAGCAACAGGAGCAAAAACAAAAAUCUACUACACACCAAACAAUGGAUGGUUCUAUUUCUACAAUUAAUGAAGAAUUGAAUGUAUUAAGACUUCGAUUGGGCAUUGCUAUUCUGAGAUAUAUUGAACCAAUACGACCAGAUAAAGCAUUUUAUGAUGCUGGAAGUGCUUGCAAGUUCUGGGGUGGCACAGAUUACGAAAAUAUGACCUUCCUUUUGUUCAACCAUCUUUUGGAUAUUUUGGAUGCAAUUGAUGAAGAUGAUCCUAAUUUGGUGGAUAAUGGGCUUUUUGAAGGAACAGAUAUACCUACAAGUUAUGCCCUUCCAAUGAAUAAAUAUUUGAGUGUAUCAGAACAAGAAGAAGUCAAAGAAUGGGUUUUAGCCAUUUCUGUUGGACGUCAAAAUAUAGAAAAACAAUUGAAAUUGGAUAAAGAACGUGAAAGUUAUGAAGCUAGUUCAAUCGAUUCCCUUGGAGAUGAUUACCCGAUUUGUGUUAUUUCAGGUUAUCCUGUAUUAGAUGAAGGUCAUCAAUUAGGCGGCGGAAGAGUGGCAACACACCAAGCAAGGGCCACAUUUACUGCUUUGGCUAAACAAAACCCAACUGACGAGCUUUUUGAUAUACAACAGUUUUUGGCAAAAUGGGCCGGUGUUUCUAAUUGA